CUCCGGCUGCCCUGCCCUGGAAAGCUUGUUGCUCAGGACUAGUUUUGACAUCCGCAGUCUCAGGAUCAACUCCCCUAUCCUUAAAAGUAUAGGGGUUCAUUCCAGGUUUGUAGAACUCAUCGUUCAGGAUGCCCCUUCACUUGAAAGGUUGCUCUGUCUGAGAAUGGAUAUGAGAAUGCGAGUGUCAGUAAUCUCCGCACCUAGACUGGUGACCUUGGGUUACAUUUCUCAGAAUUCACAGGACUCCAAAAUCAUGUUUGGCUCCACUGUUAUUCAGAGAUUGCACGUUGUUAGCCUGACAACGGUGGUGCGUACUGUCAAGAUCUUGGCCGUCCAUAUGAAUUUUAAUCUGGAUAUGGUUAUUGACUUGAUGAAAUGCUUUGUAUGCUUGGAGAAGUUGUAUAUGAAGAUUCAGACAGAUUCACCAGCAGGAGCAAAUUUCUGGCGUCAUAAACACCGGAAUUUUCUCACAUCUCAGGACAUCCGUUUGAAGACCUUAGUGCUGGGACAUUACCGAGGCAUCCAGGCACAAGUUAACUUUGUCACAUUCUUUAUACUGAAUGCGAAACUGCUAGAGUCCAUCCGACUUGAGGUUGAUUCCAGAGAUUACAAUGACGGAUUUUUCGCAGAACAGUGUAGGAUGCUUCAGAUGGAGAACAGGAUUUCUAGAGGUGCUCAGCUCUGUGUUACACAGGUUCUCACAAUGAUGUUUCGAGCACCGUUGACCUCAAUGAUUUGGAUUUGGCUGAUCCGUUCGCAUGUAGAUGUUGAGAGUGGGCCUGGCUCCUGGUUGAGUUAUUCUUGCGUGUCUCAUUUGGUGUUUUUGCCCAAGCUUGGUUAGUUUUCUCAUACUUGUAGUCUUUCUAACCUUGUGUUAUCCCUUAACUUUAUGUUAUUUAAAUACUAAAAGAAAACAGGACCAAACGACGAUGGCCAGAGUCAGCUAUAUUAUGAAGAUAUCAUCUGGGGGUGCUCAUUUUGAUUGUCCACUGGUACACCUCCCAAACUGUUUCAUUUGCAUCGAAGAUUGUACAGUACCUUCUCAAUGUCUGUUGCGAGCUAGCUUCGAGUUGCAUUCUUAUAUCCAAGAAGAAGGCUCUGAAAGUAUCUAUCAGAGUUUGCAUAAAGGAAUAUUUCUGUUGUUCUUUCCACUGUCCGACUAGGGUGUUUUGAACCAUGUUGUUUGAUUAACAAGGUAAAUUUUAUAAAGGCAUGUACAAUGUUGAAAA